AUGCAAUCUCGAUCUAACUCAAACCAGUCUCGACGCCCGUUCCAAAACGGCAUCAGACACGCAACCUUCUCGUACAUCGCCAGGAUGAUGGGUCUGCGCACAGGCACGCCCCGGCGCGAGUGGGAGCGCCAGCAAGCCGCGCGCUACCAGCGACGACAGGAACUGCGGCUGCAGCGAGAGCGAUUCAUACGUAGUCAUGGCCAGACGCUCCAUGUAGAUGAGAUGCGCUUGCGGGUGACGAUGGCGCUGCAGAACGGCGAGAGGGUUUCCUCUCGGAUUCUGUACGAGCUCGCCGAGCGCGACGGCGUGCAUAUAACCAACGGGCAUUGGGAUCUCCGUCCGGAGCUGCUGGCUCGCAUCAUGUUCCUACGCGACAAGUACUACUUCCUGGGACACGACGGGCGCUUCUACACUAGUACCAAUCCAACCGGUAAUAGUCCUGACUUUGAUAUUAUCCUCGAUACCUUUACGCCGAUUCUCGUUCGGCAGGUCGCUUAUCCGUACCGGCAGCUGUGCCGGCGGUAA